GGAAAAGGCCUGUCAUUCAACUAGCAACUUGCGGAAAAUCCUCUGUGCUGAUGUUUUGUCGAAGUUUCGGCUGUCAUGGAUGGUGGUUCGUCUCACGAGUUGUUGGCCUCACUUCACGCCGACGGCUCUGAAGUACUCGUGCGCGACGACGGACACGAAAACAAAAACGGGAACGAGAAAAUGCGCUUCAAUCCAUUGCCUUCCGGGUGCAGAACCAAUGAAUUACCGGUUUCUAAUAGCAUUGUGCACCAAGAAUCUGAACAGGAAGUUGAAGAAGAACAGAACGCAAUGGAUGACCCCCGGUACUCCAGCAAUGAAUGUGACGUAUUGAUGGCCAACGAGCUCAACAAGCUGUCCUUUGCAGAGCGCGAAUCGAUCAACGACGAAAUCCAUGGCAUUGGCGUGGAACGAGAGUACAUCCGCCACAAGGUGGUCGAGGAUGACCCCGAAAUGCUGACAGACGCCUUCCAAAAGCUCACGGAGGAACUGGAGCAGUUGCGCAGGGAGGGAUCCGCCAAGGCCUUUGAUCUUAGCCAGAAGAUGCUGGAAGAAUCACAAUCGUCAUCCGGGAAUGCAGCAACGUGCUACCUGAACGAGCACGGCUUUCGACUGAUUUUCCUGCGUUGCGAGCGCUUCGACUGCGCAAAGGCGGCAAAGCGCAUGUGCUCCUACCUGGAUGCCAUGCACGGCUUCUUCGGUGAUGAGGUCCUCCGCCGGCGCAUACGAUGGUCCGACUUAAACGCCAAGGAAAUCAGUUGGAUGGAGAAAGGAUAUUCUCAGGUCCUCCCGGAUCGGGACAGGGCCGGCAGGCGCAUCUACCUCCGCUUUCUCCGCAACGACGACUAUAACGAUUCCAACUCGCUGAGCGACGCCUCGUGGAUGAGGAUUGGCUUGUACUACCUUAUGACGUUGUUGGAAACGGACAUUCAGGCACAGCGGUCCGGCAUCAUAUUUUUGUUUUUUUUCCACGGUGACAAAAUAAACCCACUAACUUUCAUUAAUAGGGGCAAGCUCAAGUCACAGGCAUUGAAAUUGUGCCCGCUCCAUCUCGCGGGGGCGCACUACUGCUUCCCAAACAACGAUUAUUCGACGCUGAGCAUGAUCAUGAAGUCCGUCAGGAUUGCGAUUCCCAAAAUCCGGGUGCACACGGGUGAGUCAAUCCAGCAAAGCAUUUGCGUCGGGCUGCGUUGCGUGUCAUACGAAAUGGAACUCUCUACAGAGUAUCGCCAUUGACUACGUUGCCUCUUAGGUUUUGUUGUUUUUUUGCUAACCUGCGCAACUUUCCCCUUCCGCGUAUAUUAGGUGACUAUGCCGAAUGCUUACUCGCGCUCCAGUCCUUUGGAAUCCCGACUGCGAACAUUCCUGUCGACACGAAAACGGGUAAGAUUCUGGUGCACAACCACAGAAGGUGGCUUGAUUUCAGCCGCGCAAAGGAUGAGAACGAUGAAAUCGGGCUUUCACUUCGCGAGUGCAUGAUCGAGUGUCCGAACCACAACGACGUGUUGUUUGGAAGGGGUAACGACAAGCACCCUGGGAACGUGAUGUUCCGAAACGUCAUUAAAGCGAAGCUGCCGGAGUAUUGCAAGGUCCAAAGCAUAAAGCAAUCGGUGUGCAUGACGAUGAAUAUUGUCGAGAUUCUCAAGAAAGCAUACGGAGCCCGGUUUCUCAAGGAACAUCCACUGGAAUCCGGUGGUGUGUACUGGACGGAGACCACCAACGAUGUUGCUCGGACAAAGGUGCGCAUUUGUCUUCGGGACGCCAACACCCGGCUGAAGCGGAUUGCCGCCAAAGAAGAAAAGAGCAAGCCCAAGCCGAUAGAAAACGAGAAGUUCACAUUUCCAAUCAAACGAAAAAGUGAAAGCAUUGACACAGCGGCACCAUCCAUGGUGCCCUUUCCGAUUUAUUCCCCGGUCACACCGUUUCAUGAACCAGAGCAGCAGCAAUCAUUUCACCCGUUCGUGGAGGAUACAACUCCUUUCCACAACGAAUCUUUUCUUGGCAGUUUUGACGACAAGGCGGAUGCAGCAGAAAUUGGCUGGGAUGCGGAUUCCCUUUUUAGCGAAUCCGUAUAUUCGGAUCCCUUUCGUUGAAGCAAUGGCCUUUCUCGCACACCGGCAUCUCAAGCUAAACUCUCUUCUUGCAUACGGACCAUCUCCUUUCCAUCGCGUGCUUUCGAGGAUUCGAUUAUCAUCACAAUCCGCUGGAGACAAUCUGAAACUUUCUACUGUAUUCAAUAGGGGUUCGGUUCGGUAUCUAUAGCCGAGGUUCCUUCUGGUUCUACCUUGUUCUGGUCUGGUUUGCCGCUCGUGCCGGUAGCAACUGGAUGAUUCAGCAGAACCAUUGGUUUACUCAGACAAACACAGGAUUGUUGUCUAAAAGAUAGCAGUGAAUAUGCCAUACUGGAUGCUAUUUUUUGAUAUGAAAACUGGGGUUCUUUGAUCCAGUACUACAGCCACUAAUAUUCGGAAGAAAUUGUGAGCCAAAAACCGCUUGCGAUCACGUAGUAUCAACUCUGAAUAAUUCCAUGGCAUUACUACUAUUCCUUGUUGACCUGGGGACUACUGUUCGUAGAGAAAUGAUACGAAGUACAAGAUUUCUUGAUUACAAAGUGAAUCAAUUACAAGGCUGUUCUUACAGUGGGGGAUCACAAACUAGUACACGGUGUGAGUAAAAGUACGUGCCCACUACUACUAGUAGAAGUAAUAUAGAGGCAUGCCAGAGCAACACGUUCUAUCGGACAGUCGCCCAAUUCUGACAAAGAAAUGUGACACCUUCUGCGCCAGCGUAGAACCCGAUCUGGAAGAACAAGCACAAUAGCACCAUCAAUGACAAUGCUGCACAAACAUCAUCUCUCAAACUAGCUAGUACGGUACUUCGCAGUCUGACAAUCAAUCGCCCGGUUCUGACACUCAGAAUUUCGACGUGAACAAAAAAGGCAUGAGGGGUUGUUCUCUACGUAGGGUACCGUACAGUACGUACUCGCACUCGUACGUUCACACGCACUGGGACUACAAAUAAGUACAGGCUCCCAUUUGUUUCGCGGGUGGUCUGCCUCGUACGUAUGGUACCGUACCCUACUACCUACCGUACCGUAUGUUGUAGUCUCCUGUCUCUUGGAUUUCGUUGUCGUCAACAUCGACUGCUCGGAGGCGACACAACAAACACAACACAACACAACACAACACAACCCACUGCCUGUUGUUAGCCUGCUCGUCUCGCAACGCAAGAGCACCGGGUUCCACAGCAUGUCCGCGACGCCCCUUCCGAUCGGAUGGCCGGUGGCACAGCUGGAUCGCUUGUCCCGGAUCGGUCUCGGCGACGCCUGCCCGGACGACCGAGCGGGGGGUGGUGGGACGACGACGAACCACCGUGGCAAGCCCGAUUUGACGCGGGGGAGGCCCAAGACCAAUCCCCGCCAGCGAUCCCUGAUCGGGGAGGGGCGCGUCGCCAGCGUCCUGGUGCUGGUCUCGUCCGAUGCCAAGGUCCUCUUCACCCUCCGCGCAAAGACGCUCCGGAGCCACCCGGGCCAGGUGUCCUUUCCCGGGGGCAAGCGGGACGGGCAGGACGGGGGCGACGACGUCGCGACCGCCCUCCGGGAGACGCUGGAGGAAGUGGGCCUGGACUACACGGGGUUCCGGGCCGGCACAGAAACGGAUACGCCGGCGGGGCACAAAGACGAUGGCUUUCGCGUGGUGUGCAGGAUGCCCACCACCGAGGUGGUCGGCCGUCUCUGCGUGGUGCCCAUCGUUGCCUUCCACGAGGGGAAGCCCUGGAGGGCGAUCCACGAGGAGCUGGCGAUCAAUCGCGCGGAGGUCGAGGAGGCCUUUUGGGUGCCCCUGUCGGUCUUCCGGGCCGGCGAAACCGGAGCCGACCCGAAGGACGACCCCAACCCCUGCCUCACGGAGUGCUACGAGGUACCCGACUGGCCGGUGGAGGGCGAGACCUUUGUCUACCGAAGGUACGACUACGAAUUCCCGCUCACCGGUCGGAGCUUUGCCAUCACGGGCCUGACCGCGCAGAUCGCCCACGAGGUAGCCCGCGUCGCCUUUGGCGGGAGCCCUUGUGCGAGCGGCACCGGCGGGAACCGCAGGGAACGGGAACGGGCCCCGGCGGACGCGGCGCUGCGCGGGUUCCUGCGGCGGAGGGCCCCGCCCGGCGGCGGCAGCGGCACCGGCCAUCCGCACCGGAGCAACGCGGGGUGGAAGAGGCAUUUCUUCGUCCUCGGCGGAAGGCCCGGAAGCGGGGGGAUCCUCCACCAGUACGAUUCGUCGGAGCAGGCCGUCCGGAAGGAACAAUCCGCCACGAAGAAACACCGGCUGCGGCUCGUUGCAAACACCGCGACCGACGCUUCCUACACCUCUGUCUCGGCCUGGUCCGAGUCCGAGUCCGAGGAGCAACGGCCAGCACGGCCACAAGAACUCUGGCCGUUUGCGGUUUCGACCCUGGGGGGACGCGUCCGGUGGGACCUGGCGGCUUCGUCACCGGAAGAAAGGACGCUGUGGAUGGAGCGAAUCGAAUCGAUGGUUGCGAGCGGUGGUCCGCCCCCGAUCUAAAAGGGUUGGCUCGAUGGCUGGCUUGCUCGCUUGCUGCGCGGUGCCUCGAGCGUUCGAGAUCCCGGUGUGCGGCAUCGCUUGCCGAUCCGGGCCUUGGAUCGGAAGACUCGAACGGC